GCAAAGAGCCAAUGUUGGUCAUGUGGUACAAGGCUUAGCUCGCAGAAGACUCCCAGUUCACAAGUUGUAAUCUUUUUACAGGUUGGAAUCUCGUAAUUACAGGAAUACCGAUAAGGCGUGAAUGCACUUUUAUUCAAACGAUGGGCAGCGGAACGAGCAAAUGAAGCUUUGGAGGACGUGCAUACAGUCAACACAUCGUUUGCUCAAAUCGCCUUUUUCCUUUCUUUUUCUUCACACAAAACGAAAAGGGGAAUUCUGAACAUGAGGAAAGAUUUUAUUAGGUGGACAUGAACUGAAGAGGAGCAGCAUGACAAUCUACAAAAGAAUCUUAUCUGGAAAUCUCUGGAGGUGGUGUUUUUUUACUCUGCUGCCUGUGUUUCUAAUGGCAGAUGAAGUGUCUUUGCAGGAGACUGUUGUAGGUUUUAUUGGAGGCUCUGCUGUUUUACCUUGUUCUUCUAAAGAACCUCCACUUACAAUUCAAGGCAUUGAUGUGCGCUGGAGACACAGCGGCCAGAGUGUGUAUGACAUUAUUAAUGUUAAUGGCUCUGUGGAAGAACAGAAACACGAGUACAAUAAUAGAGCAGAAACCUUCCCUGAGGAGUAUAAGACUGGAAACUUUUCCCUUAAACUCAACAACCUGCAACACACUGAUGCAGGAAAAUACCUGUGCUACAUCAUAUCAGAAGAGUCAGAAGACUGGAUUGUUGAACUUCUGAUUAAAGAGCGUCCAGAAAGACAACUACCCAACGAAGGAACAAAACCAAGACCAGAGAUGCUUGUAAUGAUCAUUUCCAUUCUGUGUAUUGGCAUUAUAUUUUCUUAGGCUUUCUUAGUAGUACUUUGACAGAACUAUGCCAGAGGGUCUUUAUGAGUUUUUUUUGUUGUUGUUGUUGUUGUUUGUUUGUUUUUGUUUUUCAUCGCUCACUUCCCACUUCCUACGACUCAGGAUCAGCUGGACAGGUUCCUAGGAAUGUCUGUAUGGCAUCUGUAGAUAUUACUUUGUUGUUGUCCACACCCUCAUUAAUCUACACAGCUGAUUUAAACCUUCUGUGCAGUCGUGCAAAUACUAGCAUGCACUGAAAAUGUGAAAGCUCUUUCUAUAGAGGACCUAUUGUGAUGGAAGUAGACAUCAGUGAUGAGUUCUAGUGCUUGUGUUACAGAGAACUAUUUUACAAUUUUACUAUUACAAAAUUGUAAUUCAAGUAUUCAAAAGACUGUGAAAUUGUUGUAAUGUAAACCAACCCCAGACUUAAUGUGAUUCACUGUAACAAAGUUCAACUUGUAUAUUUUGUUACAGUUGCUAUGACCCAUU